GAGAAGGGAGAGAGCGAGGGGGAAGGAGAUAAAAGAGCGCAAGGUAGCAGUUGAGGGGAAGGGAAGGAGAGAGGGUCAAAACAGGAACGCAGCCGGAGAGAGGGUUAAAACAGGAACGCAGCCGGAGAGAGGGUUAAAACAGGAACGCAGCCGGAAAGUAGAAAGACAUAAAAAUCACAAGAAUUUCGCGUUCAGAAGGACAGCGAGGAGCAGAAAGACACUGCCGCGAGGAGGGGGAAGGAGCACAUAUAUCGGAGAUCCAGAGCAGGCUCGGAUCAGCACGGAAACCCAAGAUUAUGAAGCCCAUGUGGCUGCUCCUCUGCCUCAUGGCUCUGUCCAGCACCGGGCGCUUCCUGGUCUCCGCCCACAUGAUGCCAGAGGACCGGCUCGUCAGCCAAUGGAACGCCACGGAACACCCCCUGUCCGGAAUCAAUGUCUCUCACUCUCCAUCCAUUGAAAUCGUAGAGUUAUCUAAAGCUGCCAAGAAGAACAAAAAAGCCAAGAAACAGAGGAAGCAGAACGAUCUGAGUGAGAGGAAGAGGCGGCCCCCGCCCCCGGCCGACUGCGUCCCGCUCUGGGGGAGCUGUCACCCCACCGGCAGCACCUGCUGCGACGGCUGCAGCGUCUGCCGCUGCCGGCUCUUCAAGACCGUCUGCUACUGCCGCAUGGGGAACCCGCGAUGCUGA